AUGAAGGCCAAGAGACUUAAUAAACCACACUUUGCCUUUCCUGUCAUAAUAAUCUCUUCUUUGUGUUUGCAAACAAGUGCAAUCCCUACCGAUUAUCCCAGGGUUAUGAACGAAACCUGGAAUCAUAUCACCCAAAUCCCGAAUGGAAGCCAGAACACAACAGAAGCCAAUACAAAAUCCUCCCUGAGCAUCAAUUUCGGCAGCCAAACUACUACUUUUGAAAUGCAGCCAAGUACCGUGCAGCCCUUACCCUGCACAAAGGCCCAAAACUCAACAUCUUCCCCCGCCAGCAGUGCUGUUCCUGCCACCGGAGCCGGGAGCACCCGCAAACCCAAGAGUACGACGACCAAAGAAACGUGUGAAGACAAUAAGUCUCUUAUACUGAUUUGCUUCAUUGUCAUAGCCAUACUGGUGCUCAUCUGCACCUUCUUAUUCCUGUCGACGGUCAUAAUAGCCAACAAAAUGUCGUAUCUCAAAAAAACUCAGCAAGGAAAACGGCGGGCCAGGAGCAACGGCGAUAUUCUGGCGACAAACAGUUUAUGGCCGACCGCGGCAGGAACGUGGCAGAAGAUGCUCAAGGACACAACUGGAAGUGACGUGAUAAUGCAAGACUUGGUAUCGGGGAGAGAUGCUAUGAUCCAAAGGAAAACCCAAGAUGAAACUACUGAGAAGCUCACAAAAGAAACAGAUAACCAACAGGAGAACAAAGAAUCAUCCAAGUCACAGAAACCCAUUUUAACCAAUUUUGUAGUUGAGAUUUAA